ACUCGGUAGGUAUCUCAGCUAAAAAACAGUUGAUCCUUUUCUUCUCUCAGCGAGACCAAUGGCAGCUAAGAUAUUAUCCCCACAUCCCCACCCUCUUACUUCUCUCUCUCUUCUUCCUCCCUCCAACUCCAAGUUCAACAAGGACUUGAGUCACCAGAAACCAUGGCCCGGACAGGCUCGGAACCCCACGAGACCCAAGAGUCUGGCGGUGCGUGUCUCCCUCCAGGACCAUGUCUUAUCUUCUGCUGCUCUUCUGGAACACCACCACAAUCCAUCUUCGCUCCUCUUUCUUGCAGAGAGCAUGGGUUAUUCUUUGGCUAGCUACUAUACUUCAUUGGGUCUCUUUGUUAUCUCAGUUCCUGGCCUAUGGUCCCUCAUCAAGCGCUCUGUCAAGUCCAAGAUUGUGCAGAAGACGUUUAUAGGUGAAGGAGAAGGGAAAAAGGCACCUAAUCAGGUCGCAGGAGAAAUCCUGUCUUUCUUCACCCGCAACAAUUUUGUGGUGACUGAUAGAGGAGAGACCAUUACAUUUGAAGGCAUGAUGGUUCCAAGCCGAGGCCAAGCAGCACUGCUCACUUUCUGCACCUGCAUCAGCCUCGCAAGCGUGGCCCUUGUUCUUACAAUAACUGUGCCAGAUUUUGGCAAUAAUUGGUUCUGGCUUACGGUCCUAAGCCCAUUGGCAGGAGCUUAUUACUGGAAACGAGCGUCAAGAAAGGAACAGAUCAAGGUUAAAUUGGCUGUUGCAGAUGACGGGACCCUUUCAGAGAUCAUAGUUCAAGGGGAUGACCAGCAAGUAGAGCAAUUGAGGAAGGAGCUUCAGUUGAGUGAAAAGGGCAUGGUGUAUGUCAAGGGAAUCUUCGAGAGGUGAUCAAGGUUUCUUUUAUAUAGAUUAUAUAGCCCCACACAAUUGUCUGAGACCCUCCCUACCUUUGUGUUCAAACUACUAUCACAGAGGGAGGACGUUACGUUAUGAGGCUUGAAAUUUUAUUUGUUGUAGAGGUAUAAAUUAAGAAAAGCCAAAAAGAGCACUAUGACUUUUGUAAUGCAUA